AUGAGUUUUCUUUUUCUUGGAUUCUCUUUUCCGCUUUCUUGUCUUGCCUCAGAAAUUACUGCCCCCCCUGAAGAAGUGUCUAGCAAAAUUAACUUAGAAGCAAUUUUGGUUUCUAUAGACAAUUUUUUCAACAGGUACCCAUUUUUUGUUGCCACUGUCACAUUCAUUUGGCUCGUUGUCAUACCCCUAACAGAGGAGUACUUACAAAAAUACAAGUUUAUUUCAGCCAUUAAUGCAUUUAAGAAGCUUCAGGAUGACCCCAAUUCUCAGCUUUUAGAUAUCAGGGACAAUAGGAGUUUGGCCUAUUUGGAAUCACCCAAUUUGAAAAUCUUGAAUAAGAGUGCACUACAGGUUGAGUUUCGUGAAGGAGAUGAAGAGGGUUUUGUGAAGAAGGUUUUGAAAAACUUUGGGGAGCCAGAAAAUACCACUUUUUGUAUCAUUGACAAUUUUGACGGUAACUCCAUGAAAGCUGCUGAAUUGUUGGUGAAAAAUGGUUUCAAAGAGGCUUAUGCAAUUCGGGGAGGGAUUAGGGGCAAGAAAGGGUGGCAGGAGAUACAAGAAACCCUUCUCCCCCCAUCUGUCUGUGUCUAUCCGAAGAAGAAAGUAAAAUUGUCAAAAGAACUUAAUCCAAAUGAAGGAGUACAUCAACAGGAAAACGAUAACAAUGACUUUUCUUCCACCUCAAAUUUCAGCAACAGCAAGAAAGAGAAUAACUAUGGUAGAGAUGUUAGCUCCAUUAAUCCCACGUUAAAGUCAAAAGGAGUUUCAAGGCCAUCAUCUCCCUACCCAAAUUACCCGGAUUUAAAACCACCAUCUUCCCCAACUCCAUCAAAGCCAAAAAGUUGA